AUGUGCGGGCGCUUCUCACUCGGCCUCGCCGCCGACGACAUCGAACAACUGCACGGCUACCCCCAUCUCGCAUCCCAAGUCCGCGGAUGGGUCAACCGCGAGGCGUUCGUCCCGCGGUAUAACGUCGCGCCGCGCUCGCAGGCGCCUGUCAUCCGCCGGCGCUCACCUUCCCCUUCCACUACUGCAAACGACAAGGAGGGAAAGGAUGAAGGAGCAGGAGAGGAGGGAGAGGGAGAGGGCGAGCUGGUGCUGCACACGAUGAAAUGGGGCCUCGUGCCGCACUGGAGCAAGAAAGAAGACACGACGCUCAGCACGAUCAACGCGCGCGCUGAGAGCUUGUGCGAGGGCGGGAGUCAGGGGGUUUGGGGGAGCGUGAAGGGAAGGAGGAGGUGUGUUGUGCCUGCUCAGGGGUACUACGAGUGGCUGAAGAAGGGGAGGGAGAGGGUGCCGUAUUUCACGAGGUUUAAGGACGAGGGGAAGUUGGUGAUGUUCGCGGGGUUGUACGAUGUCGCGUAUCUCGACGGACACGAAGAACCGCUGUACACGUUCACGAUCAUCACCACCUCCGCGCCCCAAAGCUUCUCCUGGCUACACGACAGACAACCGGUCAUCCUCGACUCUGAAUCAGCCAUCUCCGCCUGGCUCGCUUCUCCUUCCCCCUCUCCCUCCGCCUCCUCCUCUACCACCAUCACCCCGUCCUCAACGUCGCAGGCAAAGUCAGACUGGACCCCCGCCCUCGCCCGCCUCAUCUCGCACCCCCUCUCAAACGCCGACGCAAAGCUCGAGUGCUACGCCGUGCCGAAAGAGGUGGGCAAAGUGGGCAACGAGGAUGCGAGCUUUGUGCGGCCGGUUAGGGAGAGGAGGGGUGGGUUGGAGGAUAUGUUUUCGAGGCAGGCGAAGAAGGGAGGCGUGAAGGAGGAGGCGUUGAAGAAGGAGGAGGGCCUGAAGGCGAAGAGAGAGGAGGGUGUUGGUGAUGUGGUGGCGAAGGGAGAGAAGAGGAAGAGGGAUCAAGGGGAUGUGGAGGGGGGUGCGGAGGCCAAACCGUUGAAGACGCCGAAGAAAGAAGAGGAUACGGAGGUUGAAAUCAUAUCGCCUCCGAGCUCACAGGACAAGACUCGGCUGCCCUCGGGCUCACAAGACCGCUUGACGCCAAAGAAACCUCUUCGUAAAGCCGCCAAGAAAGAAGAGUCCGGCGUCAAGAUCACGUCGUUCUUCGGGAAGAAGACAUGA